GGUUUGUCUCUUUUGGACUGGCCGACAGGCCACAGUCUCUGAGCUCACAUGCUUUUUGUGUCUCUGUCACUCAGGGCAGUGGCUCCCAAAAAAGACGCUGCAUCAUGGGGCCCACGCUUUGGUACGUUCCCCUGUGAUCCCUCUCUUAAGGCCCAAACAGCAGCUGACGAGAUUAGAGGGGGGAGGACACACCGACGCUACACAACACACUCCCAGCAACGCGGCGGGCCAGGAUAGAACCAGUUCAGACCGGAGAGGGUACAUCCAAACAGCUUCACCCGACGCGGAGCCCCCUCAACCGGACCUCUUAUGUCCGUGGAUCUCCAGCCAACCUCACGCGGGAGGUUGUCUUUGGUCUGAACCUCUACCCCCCCCCCCCCCCCACCGCCCAAACAACUACUCUUUUUUGGGGUACAGGUUGUAUGAAGCGCUUGUUUCUUUCCUGCGUCAGUUUAAACUUACACUGAUCGAUCGGCGGCCAUGAGCUGUUUUGGGUACCGGCGGGAGUUGAGUAAGUAUGAAGAUGUCGACGAGGACGAGCUCUUGGCUUCCCUCACCCCCGAGGAGCUGGCUGAGUUGGAAAAGGAGCUGGUGGACAUCGAUCCUGACGCCAACGUGCCCAUCGGACUCAGGCAGAGAGACCAGACGGACAAGACCCCAACGGGCACCUUCAGCAGAGAGGCCCUCAUGAAGUAUUGGGAGAGCGAGACACGUAGACUGAUGGAGGACGAGAUUUGUGGAGGAAGCCCCAAACCGGAUGAAGACCAAGAGGAGGACUGUGUGACAGAAGAAAACAGCGGAGAUGAGGAUGAAAAAGAUGUUGAAAAUGAGAAAGAACAGAGAAAGUAUAAGGGGCUGAAGGAGAAGGAAGAAGAGGAAGAGGAGGAAGAAGAGGAAAGUGAAGAAGAGGAAGAAGCUGUAACAGAGGAGGAGGAGGAGGAGGAGGAGGAUGAGGAGCAGGAAGAUGAUGACGAUGAAGAGGAGGACGAGCAGGAGGAACAAGACAAUAAAUCAAAAGCCGAGCCCUCAAAGGAAUCCGGGGCUCAGGCCCCGGCCGACACCCCGAGGCUGUUGAAGCCACCGAGGGUGGAGCCUAUGAGACUGACUCCUCCCCCUCCACCUCCCGACCCGAAUGCGAUGGGAAACCCAACCGUCGUGGACGACGCUCUCCAGCGAGCUCUUAGCAACGACCCUGAGCUGUCGGAGGUCAAUCUGAACAACAUUGACGACAUCACACAGGAAACCCUAAUUCGCUUUGCUGAAGCGCUGAGGUCCAACACCCACGUCAGGGUCUUUAGUGUCGCGAACACCCGAGCCGACGACGCUGUGGCGCUGGCCAUCGCCAAGAUGCUGAGGGAAAACUCGUCCAUCACCAGUUUUAAUAUAGAGUCCAACUACGUGAGUGGAAAGGGCGUCAUGGCGAUGGUUCAAGCACUCCCCGGAAACAACACCCUGACUGAGCUCCGCUUCCACAACCAGCGACACAUGUGCGGAGGACAGGUAGAGAUGGAGAUGGUGAAGAUCCUGAGGGAAAACCACACCUUGAUCAAGUUGGGCUACCAGUUCAACCUGCCCGGUCCCAGGAUGAGCAUGACGGGGAUCCUCACCAGGAACCAGGACCGCCAGAGACAGAAACGGCUGCAGGAGCAGAGACAGCAGCAGGGCCAACAGGGGGCGCCAGAGGGGGCCAUUAACCCCCGAACCACUGCGCUGAAAGCGACACCUCGUUCAUCACCUUACAGCUCACCCAGAGCCUCUCCUUGGUCCUCACCCAAACUCCCCAGGAGCGACCUGACUAAAAAACAGACUCCUCCCGCUCCGCCGCCUCCUCCCCCUCCACCACCUCCACCUCCUCCUCCUCCUCCUCCACCCCCACCUCCUCCACUACCUGCCUCGCAGCGGGAGGAGAAGAAGAAGCCCACCAGGAUGAUCGCGGAGGUCAUCAGGGCGCACGAGGCGGGCAGCAAGAAGGUGAGGAAGACAAAAGGUAAGAAGGGCAAGAAGGGGAAGGAGACGGGGAAGGAGGAGACGAGCAGCAUCCUGAUGGAGCUCAAGAACGCGCUGAGGCCCGUGUCGGCGGAGAGAAGGAGGGGGGAGGAGGGCAGCAGGCCGUCCACGCCCGGGAGGUCAUCCCACGACCAGCUGAUGGAGUCCAUCCGCAACAGCAGCAGCCGCGCACUGAGACGGGUGAGUCUGCCGUUUCGUAUUAUUCCCUCACCACUACAUCAGAUAUGAAGCCGGGCUAUUCAGACACGUACGGAGUAGCGAAAAGCGUUCAUCCUCCACAAUUGCAACAGGUGCCUCUACAGGCCAAACCCCAACGAGAGGGAGGUUUGAUUUAAAUGAGGAUGACACAGGGUCAGGGGUGUCUGAGUCAUGUUUCUACACUGGGGUAAGCGGGCGAGAGGCCGCGCACCAGCAGCCAGCACUGUGGUCACAACACAAUCAGACUGCUGCCAGGGAGAGAUACACAAAAGCCAAUGUACGGCCAAUAAUAAAGGCACCCAAGCCGAAGAUGAAGAUAAACAAAGGAUAUUAAAAGAAAAGGAAUGAGACAAAUAGAGAUUCUGGGUUUUCCCUUAAUUCUCUCUCAAGGCGCUAUGUUACUUUUACUGUAAAGGAAAUGAAUACAUUGGAACAGGGUUCUUUUGCUAUCUCGGAGAGGGAAGUAGUACCUCAGCUUGUAACAAUGUUUGAGUGGAAAAUCAUUGUUGCCCUCAGAUGGCGGGGGUCCCCUCGCGGUGAAAUUCCUGCCACUUAGUGAAGGUAUUUAUAGAAACUGUCUAGUGGAGCUUCGAUAAUGACAGAUAUGGCACACGUCGUUGCCACAGCACACAUCCAACAAAAACAGCCCACAAACACCUCAUCUGUUGAUGAGGCACAUAUUCUACGCAAUGUAAUAAGUAGUAACUUUAAAAACACCUCAUUG